AUGCGUCUUCUGUUGUGGGUUCCCUUCGUGGUAAUCGCUCUUCAAGUUAACGCCUCCUCCUCACAAAACCUCAAGGCGACUAAAACCUUGGAGUUCGGCUCGGCGCUGUCAGCUCAGAAUAACGGACAAGAGAAGAGAUAUUUGCGGCGUGCUGACGAUAAGGUUGUUACUGCUGAAGAAGAGCGAGGACCUGUCUUUAACUUUGACAGCCUUCUUAAUAAAAACUACGGCCAGAUGUUGGAAGACCUCAGGAAAUUCAAAUACACUCCGAGUUUCAGUUACCUUCCGUAUGGCCAGAAAAUUGACGCCUGGCUUCUGUUGCGUGCUCUUCGUAAGGCUUUUCCAAGUGUCGAAGUUAAUGGCAAGAAUUGGAGUACCACAAAAUAUUUCGAAUAUUUUAUGCAGCAACAGUUAUCCCCUGAAAUGGUAAGAAAGAAAAUGGGAAGUGGCAAACUAAUCGAUAGAUUAGUAACGCACUACGGUAUGUAUUACAUACAAAAGAGGUAA